CAUCGGCUUGCUCCUUGGCCGCCAUCUCUGCGCAUAACCCUUCGCCGACACAGCGCUUGCUGCCAUCAUCGAUCCUCGAAACCGGCAAAGCCAUGUCCUUUGAUUCCAUGCGGUGCCCGAGGAUCGCUCUCGUGGCUCUGCUUGUGAUUCUGUGUUGGAUCCAGGCGGCAUGGGCCGACGAGCAUUCGCACAGGUAUCGAGACAGUGAAGAGGUCGUCGUAUGGAUGAAUACCGUCGGUCCCUAUGCAAAUAGCCAAGAGACGUAUGAAUACACCCAACUACCCUUCUGCCUCGGCUCCAAGGACGUCGAGCAUUACCACGAAACCCUGGGCGAGGCUCUUCUCGGCGUCGAGCUGAUCGGGCUUGGUGCAGACAUCAAGUUUGCACAGGAUCGUCAGAACACCACCCUUUGCUCGACGAUACUUCACAGCAAGGAAAUCAAUCUCUUUCGCUACUCUGUCCGAAACAACUACUGGUACCAGAUGUUCAUUGACGAUUUGCCGAUAUGGGACUAUGUUGGGCAUAUCGAUGACCAGAAGCCGACACCCGACUUGUAUCUUUACACCCACAAGACCUUCCAACUUUCGUACAAUGGUGAUCAGAUCAUCCAUGCAGAGGUGGCAAGCUCGAAUCCGGUGUUGCUGCCGAGCCAUCUCGAUGGGACCUUGUCCAUUGAUUUUACGUAUUCGGUUGAAUGGACCGAAACAUCGGACCCAUACUCUACCCGCUUCUCAAGAUAUCUGGACAGUGACUUUUUCGAGCACAAGAUUCAUUGGUUCUCUAUCUUCAACUCCUUCAUGAUGGUGAUAUUCCUCGCUGGACUGGUCAUUCUGAUAUUGAUGCGGACCCUCAAACACGACUAUUCGCGAUACAACAUCGAGGACAAUCUUCUCGAUCUGGAUCGCGAUCUUGGCGAUGAGUAUGGAUGGAAGCAGGUUCACGGCGAUGUUUUUCGCCGCCCUGCCCAUCUGAGCAUCCUAUCGGCGCUCGUGGGGACGGGCAUCCAAAUGGGAUGUUUGAUCCUUGUCCUGCUGACGUAUGCGAUCGUCGGAGAUCUAUAUACGGAGCGCGCGACGCUGCUCACCGUGGGCAUAUUUUUGUAUGCGCUCACGGCACUUAUCUCGGGCUUCUUCAGCGGAAGCUACUUUGCCAAAUACGGAGGCAAAAAUUGGACCUUGACGAUGCUGGUCACGGCCGGCCUGUGGCCAGGCUCGGUCGGCAUCGUGUCCUUUCUGGUCAACUUUGUGUCGAUCUCGUAUUCGUCGUCCAAGGCUAUCCCUUUCACGACAAUGCUCGCGAUUACAGCCAUUUGGUGCUUUAUUGUGUUUCCACUCACCUUGCUGGGAGCCAUCAUGGGUCGCAACUGGUCAAGCGAACCCAACUUCCCCUGUCGAGUCAACCCGAUCCCUCGGCCGAUUCCGGAGAAGCCCUGGUAUGCCGAGCCAUCGUUUAUCAUCAUGGCUUCUGGCAUUCUUCCAUUUGGCUCGAUCUUCAUCGAGAUGUACUUUAUCUUCUCCUCAUUUUGGGGAUACAAAAUCUACUAUGUAUAUGGAUUCAUGCUGGGUGUAUUCGUUAUCCUCGGCAUUGUGACUGCUUGUGUGGCUGUCGUCUCGACAUACCUGUUUUUGAACUCUGAAGACCAUCGAUGGCACUGGACCAGUUUCUUUGCGGGCGGAUCGACCGCAUUCUACAUAUUUUUGUAUUCGAUCUACUAUUUCCAAGUCAAGUCCAAGAUGUAUGGCGCCUUUCAGAUCAUCUGGUACUUUGGAUAUACGGGCCUGGCAUGCUUUGGUAUGUUUGUUUUGCUCGGUACAAUCGGCCACCUCGUUGCCGAGCGUUUCAUCCGCAGAAUUUACACCAACGUGAAGAUCGACUGAGCUAUUCGAGGAGAGCUUCUAGGCCACUUGGUGGGCAGCAAGCUGUAGAGCCACAACACGCCCACGAGGCGCCCUACGCCGUAUGUCACUGACCGCAUAUUUACAGGAAACUGAAAUGAGGGGUGGAGGCCUGUUAUCGGGCUCGGCGAGUGAAUUUCUCCGGGUCCCGAAUACACCCUCAUCCACCAUGA